AUGUCGCUGUCCUUGGUCAUUGCUUCCGUGCCCGUGGCCCUCCCCAUGGUGAUGAAAGUGACUUUGUCCAUUGGUGCCAAGGAAAUGUCGGACGAAGGUGGCAUUGUAACUCACUUGACUGCGUUGGAGGAGAUUGCUUCAAUGAAGGUCUUGUGUUCCGACAAGACGGGCACCCUCACCACGGCCCAGAUGACGGUCUACUACGACGAGACAGCCAAGGCCUACAACGGCUUCUCUGCAGAGCAGGUCCUGGAGUUUGCCUCCCUGGCAUCCAAUGAAGCCAACAAGGAUGACCCCAUUGACUCUGCAGUGCUGCGUGCCUAUGCCAAAAGCAAGGGGCUCACCAAUGUGGAUGAUGCUGUGGAUAAGAGAAAGCAAUCCUACACUUUGGAUCCCGAGGGCUUUAUGGGCUUCAAUCCGAUCGUGAAGCGUACCUGCGCUGCGGUCACGGCAAAGGAUGGCACAAAAUGGUUCUGCACCAAAGGCAUGGUGGACGUGAUCUUGAAGACAAACCCCGAUGAUGAGGGAAAGCAGUGGACUGUGGACAACUAUGAGGAAAUGUCCAAGCAGGCGCACAAGGCUGAUGCGGAUUUGGGCGUCUCGGGCUUCAAGACCCUGGGCGUGGGAGUGUCCAAGAAUGGUGGCCCUAUGCAGUUCAUCGGCAUUUUGCCCAUUAUGGAUCCCCCAAGACAUGACACCAAGGAAACCAUUCGAAAGAUCAAAGAAGCACAGGUGGCAGUGAAGAUGAUUACCGGAGAUCAUCACAACAUCGGAAAGGAGUUGGCCCGCCAGAUCGAUUUGGGCACGGAUAUCCGGACGCCUGAUUGCUUGCAGCCACCCAGUGAUGCCCGUGAUCUCAUCGUGAUGCAAGCGGACGGCUUUGCGAAGGUGAAGCCACUGGACAAGCACGAGGUGGUGCAGGUGCUUCAAGACAAGGGCCUCGUGGUUGGCAUGACAGGUGAUGGUGUGAAUGAUGCUCCUGCUUUGGCCAAAGCACAAAUUGGCAUCGCCGUGCACGGUGCGACAGAUGCGGCCAAGUCAGCUGGUGAUAUCGUUUUGACCAAGGACGGUCUCUCCCCCAUCUACACCGCCAUUCAGAUCUCUCGGCGUAUCUUCAAGCGCCUGAAAUCCUAUGUGAUCUACCGCAUUUGCAUCACAGUGCAGGUGGUCUUCUUCUUGGCCGCCCUCGCUAUCUUCUACAACCUCCGCUUCAAGGCGCUCUAUAUCAUUCUGUUGGCCUUGUUCCACGACCUCCAGAUCGUCACCAUCGCCUACGACCAUCAAGUGGCUGGCGCAAAGCCUGAGACACCCACAGUCUUGGGAUUGCUCUUGCAGAGCUAUUCCAUGGGCAUUCUGAUGUUUAUCCAGACGAUGUUGCUGGUGUCCUACGGCCACCUCUUCCUCUCGGACGCCUACGGAGAUGGCUACUUUGAAAGCAUGAGCAGCAAGAUGGCCGGGAAUGAGAUGAACAAGUACAUGGAGACCACGAUCUUUCUGCAGAUCUCCAACUCCUCAGCAAUUUUGAUCUUCUCUGCUCGUACUGUUGGCUUUUUCUUCUCCACCAUGCCGGCAUGGCAGUUGACCUUUUCCACUGCCUUGGGACAGGUGCUGAUCAACAUUUGGUGCUUGUGGGCACCAACAGGGCUGGUGGAUAAGUUGAGCCCUUCCGACGUGGCCAAGGUGUGGCUCUAUGACAUCGCCUGGUUGCUCUUCUUGGACCUGGUGAAGAUGACAGCUGGGAGGCUUUGGGACAAGUACAAGCCUGCCACCAUCGACCGCAACCCAGCCUUGCAGGCCAAGGAUCGCAACAGCCGGCGCAUGUCCAACAACUUGCGGCCCUCCUACAUGUUGGCACAAGCGGGCGGAGCCGAGUUGGGAGCCAAGGUGGCGCAGCUUCCCGAGGGUCAGCGCAACAGCGUGCGGAUGUCCAGGACCUUCAAAAAAUGA